AUGAAGCGCAUCAGAAAAAUAUCAAAGGAAGUCGACUGUUCAGUUGAGGAAGAGGAAGUAGGGAAACCACUUACUGGAGCAGGUCAUGUCCAGCAACAUUUGACUCAGUUGGAGAAUGGCCUGCCAAUUGUUCUCAAACAAGUUACCAAUCAAAAUGUUACUGUUGGUGCCUCUAUUUCUGGUAUUGAGCCAACCCCUAGUGGUCCGAUUCGUACCACUAACUCAUCAAGAAGUUUCAAAACUGCUGCAAUCCCAAAUACCAACCCAAUCAUCACUAGAGGAUCAGUUAACUCAGCUGAACAAGAUGAUCUAGCAAAUCUCAAAAGGAAAAUUAACCCCAGGGAUGAUUUAAGGAAAUGUACUAGAGCUAAUUCUAGUUUGGCAAGCAUAGUGGUUAUCCCUGAAGAAAAAACAUCUACUGAACCUGAUUAUGCUCAACUGUGUCCUCCAAUUACCAAAUUGGGGGAUUUACCAGCCAUUGACCUUUCAACAUGUUCUCUCAAUACCCAACCAAUGUUCAACUCGUUUGGAAACUAUAACGUACCUGCUGACAAUCCCCCAAGCAACAAUGAUGUUCGCGACAACUCUCUUCUCAAUGCUGCUAGUUCUAGUCUCGAUUCAUCCCAACAUACUUCUCAGAGUGGUGAUGGUACCAGUACUUCUCUUGGUGGUGGAUCUGAUUCUACCACUCAGGUAAACUCAAUAACCUCAAAUCCUUAUUUUGAUAAUAUCAAUUCUACUUUAAAUCAAUUUCCUAUCAACAACAUCAACAUAGUAGCUUGCAACAUUAGAGGCCUUGGAAAAAAAUCUGCAAAUAAAGAAUUUAGUCUGCUAUGUAGGAAUGUUAACCCUGAUAUCAUCCUUCUCUCCGAGACUAAAAUUGGUAAAGAUAUGGCGGCUAGGAAACUUAAAAAUAUGGGUUUCCCCUGCACCUUCAAUAUCCCUAUUUUGGGUAGAAGUGGUGGUCUGGUUUUGGCUUGGAAAAAGGAAAUUCACCUGAAUGUAAUCUCAUCCAGCUUGAGGGGUAUCUAUGUGACUUCAACUGACAUCAUACACUCAAAAAAAAUAUUCCAUAUUCACUUUGUUUAUGGAGAACCUAAUAGUAGCUUAAGACCUUCUUUUUGGGAACAACAAUGCCUACGACCUAAUGCUCCUAUAGAUGAUCUUGUUUUCUUUAUUGGAGAUUUUAACACUCUUCUAGGAACUGAAGAUAAAAAUGGGGGCCUUGAAGUUAAUGAUUCUGAUUUUGAGCAUAUUAGAAACUUCUGUUCUGCUUUUAACUUGCAUGAUCCUGUUUUUUCUGGUCCUAGAUUCAUUUGGUCCAAUAUGCAACAAGGUCCUGAUUUAAUUCUUGAAAGGUUAGACAAAUACUUUAUAAACCAAAUUGCUGAAUACCUUUGUCCCAAAUUUUGUGUUAAUAACCUUCCUAAGGAUUCUUCUGAUCAUUGCCCCAUGCAUAUAGGAUUUAACUAUGAGGAUAUUUGGUCUCCAGCCUACAAACUAAGAAAUAAGCUUCUUAGUACUAAAAAAGGUCUUAGAGAUUGGAACAAAUCUUCUUUUGGUAAUAUUCAAACUGAUAUAUCUACCAUUAGGAAAGAGUUGUUAGAUUUACAGAUUUCUGAUCCUACUGAUACUAGUACUACUGCUAGACUUAAAUCCAGACUAGAGUAUCUUUACAUUCUGGAAGAAUUUUAUUGGAAAGAAAAGUCUAGAGAGGUAUGGCUUACGGAAGAUUAUUUCAAAAAUCUUUACUCUUCUCAACCACAACAUUUUCAAGAUGAAAUUUUGAAUGAUUUUCCUGUUAAAUUCUCUGAUGAUGAUAAUGAUACUUUAAACCUACCUCUCACAGCUGAGGAAAUUAAAAAUGUUGUCUUUCAAAUGGAAGGGAAAAAAGCCCCUGGACCAGAUCGUUUUACAGGCUUAUUUUAUCAAAAAAAUUGGGAUAUUGUUGGAGAAGCUGUUGUUGAUAUGACCCAAACCUGCUUCAGAACAGGGCAUACUGCUAAAGUGUUUAACCAUACCAACAUUGCUCUUAUCCCUAAAGUCCCUUUAGCUAAGUUGGUUAUCCAGUAUAGACCCAUAGGACUCCGUAACUUAAUUUACAAAAUCCUAUCUAAAACUCUAGCUAACAGGUUAAAACCCUUUAUGAACAAUAUCAUAUCCCAAAACCAAAGUGCCUUCAUACCAAAGAGGAGCAUUUCAGAUAAUAUUAUUCUAGCUAAUGAAGCCAUAUAUUCUGUCAAUCAUAAUGACAAAGUUGAGGGUACUGCUGCCAUUAAACUUGACGUGUCUAAAGCUUAUGAUAAAUUAGAGUGGUCUUUCCUUGAAAAAGUUUUGAGAAAAAUGGGUCUAGCGGAAAAUUGGAUUAAACUCAUAAACCAAUGUGUUUUUACAGUCUCUUAUUCUUUUCUUUUAAAUGGUAGUCCUACUAAUUUUUUCCAACUUGAAAGAGGUCUAAGGCAAGGGGACCCUCUAUCCCCAUACCUCCAUAUUAUCUGUUCUGAGGCUCUUUCCUAUUAUAUAGAUAAUCUUCAAAGGAAAGAUACCCUUAGUGAUAUCAAAGUUUUUAAAAAUGCCCCUGAGAUGACUCAUCUCCUAUUUGCUGAUGAUUCUCUUCUGUUUACUUCUGCUACCAUAGAAAAUUUCACUGCUAUAAAAUACUACCUUCAAAAAUACUUCCUAGCUUCUAGGAAGGAAGUUAAUUUUGAUAAAUCUGGUAUUUUACUCAGUAGAAGAAUUCCUGAACAUAGGAAGGCCCUUUUGGCUAACAUUCUGGAUAUUCAAAGCAGAGAUUUAGGGGAGAAAUAUUUUGGGACUCCAACUGUUUUCCAGGCUUCAAAAAUCCAAACCCAUAUGGGUAUUCUCCAAGUUGUGGAUGCGAAAAUCAUUGUCUGGCUGCACAAGCUCCUUUCUCAGGCUGCUAUAACUACUUUGGUCAAACACAUUGGUCAAGUCAUUCCUUUAUUUCAGAUGGGGGCUUUCUUAAUCCCAAAACACCUUUGUAGAUAA